UUCUGUUGCCGUGUGACAAAGAAUGGCGCACGUUGUUCUGUAGCAGUAGAUUGGAACUCGUUAGUAAUACGUCACUGAAACAAAUUAUUUUUGUCCGUCAGUUAAAUGUUCAUAAAUGACAUAGUUUUCAGAGAAUGCGUCGCCCUCCGGAUAUCUACACAACUUUGGUCGUCAGUGCGUCACCGACAAAGCUAAGACGGUCGCGUCUGUCCAUGUGAAGGAGCCAUUUUGGCCUAGCCUGCCCUGCUUUAAUUAACGGCACGGCAAAGUUGAGAGACGAUUUCGUAUUUCGAAGGAGCUUUUAGCGUUGAUAUCAAGAUGUCGGCGGACGACUUUCAGAGCAAAUAUGCCUCUGUCAUGGAGAGCAUGCUGAAGAGCGCUAUUGCAGAAACAACGAAACUUUUCGAAACUAUGGUCGACGAGCUAAAGGCAGAAAUAUCCCAAAUCAAAAAGGAGAACGAGGACCUCAAAACAAAAUGUAUCCAGUAUGAAAUUUCUAAAAGCCAACCAGUAAAACAGACCACAGACAGGAGUCAUGCACCAGAGCAAAGCGACGCCUCUGAAAAAUGCGACACGGCCAUACAAUGUGAUCUUGGACCUUGCCGCACAGUUCUGGUGGAGCAAUGUCCACCACCGCGGCCAGCUGAAAUGCAAAACUUAGAGCAACAAUAUGCUAAUGCGAGGAUGAACUACAGUCUGCUGGAGCACAACUACGUCAGUAAAGAAGAGACUAAUUCUAAGACAGCUUUUGUAGUUGUCAAGCAGGAGGAAUCCUACAGUGAUUCAUCUCUGCAGUAUGUCUUAAAGCAAGAGGAAAUUGAAUCUUCUGUGACACCAGGACAAGUCAUGACUAAUGAUCCAGUUUUAAAAGAGCCUUUUGUUAGUGGACCUGGAAAUAAAGGGCCUGUGAUCCAGGAAUGUUCAUCAGAAGAAAUUAAAUCAACUCCAAAAAAUGAAGCAACCCAAGUGGUUUUAGAAGCAUCGAGCCUGGGAAUGAACAGCAGUUUAAAAGAGGCCCAGAAGCAGUACUGCAACCCACAAGAUUCAUUAGUCAUCUCAUUGAAAGAUGCUUUCAAGAGUUACUUUAAGGAAGAGUGUGAAGUUGCUCAGAAGAUGGCAGAAACUGCAACACAGGAAGAGCAGACAUCUGAAAAACAUUUAAACCCUCAGGAAAGUCAUCCAAACAGUGUAACAUCAGUAAAUACGCAAAAUGAAGAUGUUGUGCAACAUACAGGUGUGCACUGUACAGAGAAAACACUAGCAGAGUCUCUUCUGGUGAACAAAGAUGUGGCAUGUGAAGGUUUAAAAGACACCAUGGUAGAAGCUGAAGCUUGUUCCAAGCCUAACUUGACGGUUCGACGUGGAAGAGGGCGCCCACCAAAGAAAAGAAAGCAAAAGCAAAUCCUAUCAGCAUCUACUGAGGUUCCAUCUGGCCAGAAAACUGCAAGUGCCCCAUCGGUAGGAGAGAAGAAGAUUGGUUUAUCACCUGUAAUUGGUACAGAAAAAGUUUUUUUUCCAAAGCCUUCAGGGGAAUCUACAGUUGAGCCCACAGGGACUUUAUCCGUCACCACUCCAUCGGUCCGUAAGAGUCAAAAUAAAUCUUUGGAGAAGAAGGGAGAAGUUGGUUCAUCUGUUUCAGUUGAACAACCCCCCUCUGAAUCUAAACAGCUUUCCAAGGAAGUGAAAGAAGAUGCAACUAAGACUCAAACCUCUGGAGCUUCAGCUACAAGUGAAAUGCACAGUGCUCCACAAGCAGACUCACUGCAAACAGCAUCAUGUCAACAAAAAAAACCCCACACUUCUGUAAGUCUUCAGGAUGCAAUGCUGCUAAUUGAAGCCAUGAAUCAGUCAACCAUGGAAAAUGCUCAGCCAAAAGGCACUGAACCCCAGACCCAAAGCGCUCCCCUCGUCGGCUCCUCAGAAAUGGGGGAUAAGAGCGUAACACCACAGACAGAUUCUGUACAGACUCAGCUCACAUCAAAAUCACUAGAUGUUCCUCCUCAUAUUACAAAUGCCACUUCAACCUGUGAAGUACAGACCUGUAAUAAGGUUCUCAAACCAGUCCAACAAAAUAUACUCAUUCCUCUCAGUACUACUCAAACGGUGGCGUCAUCAGCUGAUGCAACUCAGCAGUUACUUCCACGUCUUCUGGUAACACUGGGAGUACCCAGUAAAUCACCCCGUACAAUCAUUAUUGUGCCAAAGCCUGUCCCAUCUCCUGCAUUUUGUAACAGUGCAGGACUGCCUUCAUCCCAAUCUCCUAAAGUUGACUUAACAGCAAAACACAAAAAGUUGCUUCUUAUACCUACAGCUUCACAAUCACCUGUUGGAACAACUUCCCGUUACUCUGUUCCCCAGAAAACAUUCACUAUUACAUACAAUACACUGCCUUCUGUCCAACCUUUACAGGCAACCACCACCUCAACAGAUAAGCAUUCAGAGACGAUUCCAAAAAAAGAAAUGGCUAUUAAUACCAGAAAAGUGGAAACUGAGAUAAUAAGGAAACCUGGGAUAAUCAUUCUCAGAGCUAAGCAGAAUACCACUGAACCCACUGCUCCUGCUUCAUUAGAGUCAUCAACACAGUUGAGUUCCAUGUCUCAGGAGUCAAGUUCACCUAAUUUAGAUGAUAGAGUAGAAGAGAAAAUAGAUGAUACAGCUGAGAAUCAAGACUCACCCAAACCAGAGACCCCUGUUUGUGAAACUAUCGACUCGCCUACAGAAACUUGUUCAGAUUCAGAUACUUCAGACGAACAAGGACCAACAUCUGCAACUCCAGCAACUCCAGUGUUACCACCUGCCCCUGCUGAGCCAAAACGCUGUGCAGUGGUCAGAUUAACUAGACUUCCAUUUCCAAUAUCAGCACAAGAAUCCAUCUCAGUUUCAAGAUGGUUUCCAAACAGAUUUUCAGAAUGUAUCUGUCAAAAACCCUCAAAAUCAACAAUGUCAGUUCUGGGCAUGCCAGUUUUAACCCCUGUAAAAAUCCCCUCUGUGCCAGAAAUGCCAUCCACAUCAGAGGAGUCACCUGCUAGCAGAGAUGUGCAGCCAUCUAUGUCUUCUACUGUAUCAGAGCCGGUGGUGGAGAUUUCUGAUGUAGUCAGCAACAUGAUGGAUCCCUCACCUGUGCCUAGUGCAUCUGAUGAACUAACUUCUAAUUUGAGUCAGAUUUUCAGCAAUGAAGAAAAUCAAUCAAGUGGUCGGUUGCAGCUAACUCCCAUCACUUCCAAGGAUACAUCUUAUCCUCAGUUAAGGAUGACUAAAACUCAGUUCCUGGCACAACUCUCUGUAUCACCAGUAGUCCAAGAACAAGAGACCAGCGAUAAUAGCUCUGCAGAUUCAAGAGAGACCAGAAACUGUGGGAAGAAAGGCCCACCGAAAGCCUCCAUUGUCACCAGACUGCGAAGUCACCUGAAAGAUUGCUUGAAAGCUAGAAGAACUGCGGGACAAAAAGCAGACAAGGAAAUGGAACCAACCUCCAAAAGCCCUAAGAAACCUAGAUUAGAGGAGGACGGUCUAAAUGAUAAAAACAUAACUAAAACAGUUUGCAACAGAAAACAAGAUGAAACUGACAAUAUUGCCUCAACAGAUCAAGUUAAUACCACUUCUUUGAUUAGUCGUGGGGAAUCUAGUCAGUGUGUAGAUGCAGUCACAACUAUGAGCAGUGUUGGUCAACCAGCUUCUGUCAGUUGUAGGUCUGAGCCACCAAGAGAUUCCACGGCUGAGAGUUUGGAGAAGCCCAAUCCAAGUAGAGAUGGUGUAGACCCAAACAGCGUAGAGUCCACAUCUGUAAAUCCUAAGCAGUCUACUUCAGCAGAAGCAAGUGGAAGACCAAAAAUGUCUAUAUUAGUUUCUAUUAGUCGAAGGAGGUGUCCUUUACAUCAAGAUGAUGUAAGUUUAAGAAAUAAGAAAUCCAAGUCUGUAAGCCCUCAGACGCCCAGCUCUAUGAAAACAAGUACUGGUCCUAAAAACACUAAGUUUGGUUCUAGCCCAAAAACUGCUAAAUCCCCCUCUAUGAGUCCCAAUGGAUCAACCAAAGAGGGUGUUAUUCCUAAAAAGUCUGAAUCUCCUGUUUGUCUUAGAACAUCUACUUUAACUAGAAAGGACACAAGUCCUAAAAUGCCUGGCAGCCCUUUUACUUCCACUAACAAAAAAGGCGAUCAUAGCAACGGGUCCAUUAAAAGGGCAUCUAGUUCUUUUAGCUCUGGAAGGCGAAAUCUAAGCACAGUUAGUUUUAUCGUAAACAAAAUUAAUAGUGAAUCUCGUACCGUAAGUGUCAGAGGCCAUAGAAUCACAAAAAACACUUCUGAAAGCAGUGGAGUGUCCACAUCUGCUCACAAGGAACCCAGGCAAACAAAAGGUCGUCCUGCUACCACAGCAAGUUUCAAAGUUGUAAAGGCCAUGCAAUUGGCUAAAGCAGCAAAAACCAAGAGGAGAGGUAAAAUGAAAAUGUCUAAUAACUCAAAAAGGCAGAAAAAGUUGGGAGAGAACCAAGCCAACAAUGGAGCUUUGAAAACAUGUCGAGCGAAAGUGUGGUAUCCUCCUACGCUGCCACCUAAUGAGGUUCCUUCAACAGAAAUAAGGAAACCCAAGCCUGUAGUGGUAGAGGACAAAAUUCCUCUUAUACCUUUCAACCAAACACCUAUUGUAUCACCUUUGCAGCCAUUAGCUGUCAUUGGUAAGCAUCUGUUGAGGAACCAGUGUGGGCAAUGUGGUCGUGUCUUCAACAGCAACGCUGCUCUGGAAAGCCAUGUGAGUCUCCAUGCAGGUUACAGGCUUUAUUCAUGCUCACUGUGUGGGAAGUGUUUCCCAGACUCCAAGACUUUCAAACGGCACCAUCGAGUGCACCGCAAUGGUAGGAUCCACGUCUGUCGACACUGCGGGAAGGGCUUUGUCUACCGAUAUGGCCUCAGCAAACAUCAGCAGAUGGUCCACACCAGGAUAAAACCUUUCAUCUGCCAGAUAUGCAACAAGGGAUUUGUCACUAGACGAGAUGUUGAAGUCCACAUACGGACCCACACCGGAGAGAAACCAUUCAAAUGCCACCUUUGUGAAAAGAAAUUUGCAAGGAGAGUAGAGCUAAAUGUGCAUUUACGGUGGCAUAACGGAGAGAAGAGACACUGGUGCCCUUACUGUGGGAAAGGUUUCUUAGACUUAAAUAACCUGAAGAGACACAAGUAUACCCACACCGGGGAGAAACCACAUUCCUGCCCGCGCUGCCCCAAGAAAUUCACACAGGGCGCCCACCUGAAAAAGCAUCUUAAAAAUGUGCAUAAAGAAAAGGGUGGACAUUAAAGAGGCUGCCUUGACCCACUGAAUUAUGAUUUUCGAUUUGCCCAACUGCUACAUGUGCGCUGGUUGCCUGGCAACUUCCUGCUUAAUACUGGAUUUAGAGCCUGCUGUUUAUGAAGAUGGCCAAUCAGGAAAUAUUAGAAAUAUUCUGCAUGACGCUUCGCAUUUUAAUAUUUACAUUGGUGUUGAGCUGUUUUGAAGGGUGUUUAAUGAUAGGUUGAUCUGUUUUGUAAUUAAUGUAAAGUAAGGAUGUUGUGCUUUGUUUUUUUUUUUUUUUGGUACUAUCCUUUCUCCACAGCAAAAAAAAUGGGGUUAGGAACAGGAAAGGUGACAAUAGUUUUCUUCUCGGUCUUAGUAAAUGCUAUGAGCAGAUUUAUCCAUUAUUUUAUUUUUUGAAUGGUUAAUUUUAAGGUGAUAUAUUGAUUGUAAUUGAUCCUUCCUGAUUGUAUUUAACUAGCUGCAACAGAACAUUUCUUAGAUUAAUGUUUUUAAAAGAAGUCAAUUUGCUUGGUAGUGUGGGGGAAAAAUUCUUAUGUCUGCUCAGCCAGAUCUUUUGUGAAGCACAUAAAGCUCCUUUUGUUAAUGUGCCACAGCCUGUAUGGUGGAAAUACCACAGUUUUUUCCUCCUCUUCUCUUUAACUGAUAUUUGACCAUUUUCACCAUAUCGAUAGUAUUUGACUUCCUUUGCACUUUUUUUGUCUAGAUGUUGUUGUGGAAAGGAAAUAUUUUGACGAGUGUUACUGGUCAUGGAUUGAACAGUACAUAGGAAAUUUUGUUAUUUUUAAAUGUGAACAUUUUAAAUGUUUUUAGGAAUUGAUGCUACUUGUGUUAUUCAUGUGAAAAUUUCUGUUAUGACAUAGCUUUGCAUUGUUUUUGGGACAAAUGGCAGUUUAAAAGAUAAUGCUACUUGUACAAGGAUUUACCGCCUAACGCAAGGAUUGUGACGGAGUGAUGAAUGUUUUUGUCAUUUAACUUCUGUAAACCUCAGUUAAUGAUCCUAUUGAUCAUUAAUUUUCAUUCAUUGGUGCAUUUUCAUUUUAAGCUGAUCAGCCCUCUGCUGGUAUUUGAUCAUUAGUGCGUGCCCUUGUUUACCUUUGUUUUUCUUUUCUGUAUACUUACCGAAAUAGUCAGGAAGGACUCGAGCGCCGCUUCCGCAGUCAGCUGUUUCACAUGGAAAUGAGACGUUUUGACUUGACAUUUUUGUUUCCAAAGUCAGUUUUGCUUUGUUACAACCUUUUUUUUCUUCUUUCUCAGAUGCUUAAAUUGCCAUGUAUACAGGGAAAUGCUAAAUGGCAACGACUCCAAUUAUUCUGAACUUCAUUGAAGUUAUUGUACAAACUGUAAAUUUCACUGAUUUGAUUAGUAAAAUUCAGAUGUUUAUUUUGAGAAAACGGGUAAUAAAUAAAUCAUUGUCAAAGAUA